AAAGCCUGGCAUCUGUCUGCAGUUAACUCUGCCGGUUUGGGGCGUUCGGCAGCAGUUCGGGGAGAGCAAGGCGAAUGCUAUGUGCAGAAGCCCAGCGGUGCUUUGCAUCCUCGCCGAGCCUUGCCGCUGGUGGUGUGUCCUCACGGAGCGCCGGGGAAGGUGGAAAGCUUCGCACCGGGGUGCGCGACCUGACCGCUCUCCUUUCUGAGUAUCUCGAGGCGAGAGGAGAGUUUCAGGUCGUGGGAGAACCUCUCCUCUUCCCCUUGCUGGAAAUACCCAUAAAACCUGUCUCUAAAACAAAACCAUUGCCCCCGGCCCCAGGGACCAGCAAGAAAAGACCCCGCCAUGCCAGGAAUGGUCAGUAAAAACCCAGACCUCGAGUUCGACUCUUUGCAGCCCUGUUUCUACCCGGACGAAGAUGAUUUUUAUUUGUGCGGGCCGGACUCCGCUCCCCCGGGGGAGGACAUCUGGAAAAAGUUUGAGUUGCUGCCCACCCCUCCUCUGUCUCCCAGCCGGGCCGGGCUCCAGGAGCACCCCCCGGGGGGACCCUCGGUACCGUGGGGAGGAGCGGCUUUGGGGGGCUGCCGCCCCACCGACCCCCUGGACUGGGCGUCCGAGCUGCUACUGCUGCCCCCCGAGGCCGACCUGUGGGGCGGCUCGGACGGCGGGGAUUUCUUCGAGACGGGCCUCGGCGUGACCACCACCACCAGCAACCUCAACUCCAUCAUCAUCCAGGACUGCAUGUGGAGCGGCUUCUCGGCCCGCGAGAAGCUGGAGCGGGCGGUCAGCGAGAAGCUGCAGGGCAAGGCUCCCGCCGCCCCCCCCCCGCCGCCGCCGCCGCCGCCGCCCGCCCCCCCGGGGCCCCCCGCCGCCGCCAGCCCCGCCGCCAGCGCCCGCGCCGAGCUGGGCAGCGCCGUCCCCGGCUGCGUGGACCCGGCCGUGGUCUUCCCGUUCCCCGUGAACAAGCGGGAGGCGGCGGCAGCGACCAACGGGGCAGCUCCGCGGGGCGGCCGCCCGCCGCGCCCCGCCGGGGACAGCCGGGCCAGCAGCAGCUCCGGGGACGACACCCUCAGCGACUCGGAUGACGAAGACGAGGAGGAAGAGGAGGAAGAAGACGAGAUAGACGUCGUGACGGUGGAGAAGAGGCGCUCCUCCUCCUCCAACAAGGCUGUCACCACCCUGACCAUCACGGUGCGUCCCAAACACGCGGCGUUCCCGCCCGCCCGGCCGCCGCAGAACGAGCUGAUCCUGAAGCGCUGCGCACCCAUCCACCAGCAGCACAACUACGCCGCUCCCUCUCCCUACGUGGAGAGCGAAGACGCUCCGCCACAGAAGAAGUUAAAAGCCGAGGUGCCCCGUCCAGUCAAAGCCGCCCUCCAACCCAAGUCGAAGAGCUCCAGCCCUCGGAACUCGGAUUCGGAGGACAGCGAGCGCCGGCGCAACCACAACAUCCUGGAGCGGCAGCGGCGCAACGACCUGCGGUCCAGCUUCCUCACCCUAAGGGACCAUGUUCCAGAACUGGUGAAAAACGAGAAAGCUGCGAAAGUCGUCAUCUUGAAAAAAGCCACCGAGUACGUUCAUUCCCUUCAGGCAGAGGAGCAGAAGUUACUGCUAGAAAAGGAAAAACUGCAAGCCAGGCAACAACAGUUGCUAAAGAAAAUAGAAUACAAGCGGACUUGCUGAGCCUUUGUGUUCCCUUUCGUUCCUUUUUUUGUUUGUUUGGGUUUUGUUGGGUUUUUUUUUUGGCUGACCAGGACAGUCAUUGCCACUUUGCACAUUUUUGAUUCUUUAAAAAAAAAAAAAGAAAAGAAAAAAAGUUGUGUUUUUUGACGUUAAGAAUGUUGGUUUUACUUUCGAUCCAGUCCCUGAAGUGUAAUUGACAAACUCUAUCAUCCGGGUACGGAGCAAAUGGAUGUUCUUGCAAGGAGCUGAUUGCAAGACUACCAAACAACAAUGGACUGCCUUUGUUUUUUCUUCUUAAGAACUGUAGAUGGUGGGGAUUUUUUUUUUUUUUUGGGAAAUUGUGAGCAUUUGGAGCUGCUGAUGCCAUCUAGUUGGGUUUUAAAAUCUUCAUUCCUAAGUUUUAUGGUGCUUAUGUUCUAAAAGAUCUUACUUUAGGGGUUGGCAUUUGUACCCCCGUGGGAAUUUUCUGUAAAUACCAUCUACACACUUGCCUUUUGUACAUGUCUUGGGUUAUGAGAGGUAGCUUUUGCUACCAGUGUUAGACUGGAAGUUCAUACCUAAGUACUGUAAUACCUCAAUGUUUGAGGAGCAUGUUUUUGUAUACAAAUAUAUUGUUAAUCUCUGUUAUGUACUGUACUAAUUCUUACAUUGCCUGUAUACUUUAGUAUGAUGCUGAUACAUAACUAAAUUUGAUACUUAUAUUUUCGUAUGAAAAUGAGUUGUGAAAGUUUUGAGUAGAUAUUACUUUAUCACUUUUUUGAACUAAGAAACUUUUGUAAAGAAAUUUACUAUAUAUGCCUUUUCCUAGCCUGUUUCUUCCAGUUAAUGUAUUUGUUAAUGUUUGGUGCAUAGAACUGGGUAACUGCAAAGUUCUGUGUUUAAUUUCUUCCAACGAUGUACAUUUAGUGCUGCGUCUAAUAGCACUUUGAAAUACCUCAUGUUUAUGAAAAUAAAUAGCAAUUACAUUAUGUG